AUGGAGACUCGGGGCUGCCCGGCCUUCCCCCCGCCUCGCCGGCCCGGGGGUCCCCCGGGGCUCCCCCGGCCUCCCGCCGCCUUCGCCCUGGGUCCGGCGGGGUCGCCCCGGCGGCCGCCGCCGCUCAGCCCCCGGCCCGGCCGCUGCCCGCCGCUCCGGGCGCAGCCCCGCUACCCGGGGGUCGCCAGCCCGGGCCCCCCCGCCGCGGCCGUGCACGGGAAGCCCCUGUACCCGCCCGGGGCUGCAGGUGAGAAGGGCUGCAGAGGCGGGUUCCAGGCGAUUCCCGCCGCCUGCAGGGUCCCCCCGAAAGCUCCCGAGGAUUUUGGGUGCCCACUGGCAGCACCCCUGGGCAGCAACCACGGCAUCCCCGAGCUCCCCGAGCCCCUGGGCAAGAGCAAGAGCAAGAAGAGGAGGAACAGGACGACCUUCAGCACGUUCCAGCUGGAGGAGCUGGAGAAGGUUUUCCAGAAGACGCAUUACCCCGACGUGUACGCCCGGGAGCAGCUGGCGCUGCGCACGGAGCUGACCGAAGCCAGGGUGCAGGUUUGGUUCCAGAACCGCCGGGCCAAGUGGCGGAAACGGGAACGCUACGGGAAAAUCCAGGAGCUGCAGAACAACCUGUGGCCGAGCCCUGGGAGCCCCCCGGGGCUGCUGCCCCCCGAGAGCAUCCCGUCCCCCGGCAUGUCCCCGUACCCCCCCGCUGCCAGCAACGGCUUCGUGGGCAUCCCCCCUUCCCCGGGCCCCCACCCCGCCAUCAACAGCCUCUACUCCCUGCCCGGGCUGGCCCCCCACCCCUUCGAGCCGCCCCCACAGCACGAGUACAAGGCGCCCCCGCUGAUGCCACUGAGGAUGAAGGGCAAAGAAGGGGCUGGGAGCCUCCUGAGCUGGGCCACAUGA